GAGGCCAUCAGGGACCGGAUGGGAGCUCGGUAGCUCCUGAUUGGAUGAGAGCCGAGUUUUGUUGUGAUUUUGUUAAUGUCUCACUCAAUGAUUACAGCCUUGUGCUAACAGGCACAGCCAUACACGCACAAGUAUUGGGUGGACAGGAAGCUCAACAAGAACUGCUUGAUGAUUCUGGCUUCGGGCUUGUCGAUCACUUUUGGAGACAAUAGCAGACAAUGGACAUGGCCAAAAGAGGAGGAAUCAUGCUAUCUGGGCAAUGAAAAUCUGCCUGUUGCCGAGGUAAAACGCAUUUGCUGGCUAGAGAUCAAAGGGAAAUGCAAAACGAUCGUGCUCUCUCCUAGGACGAUGUACGAAGUCACAAUCGUCGUGAAGAUGAGCAGUCAGAACCGCGGAUGGGAAAUUCCGGUGAACCUCAGUCUCGAACGACCGGAUGGAAACAGGCAAGUACGCAUGGAAAGAUUGGACAUAUUGAAAAAGGAAACAUGGAAACAUAUUAGCAUCGGUAAAUUCGAGACGACACCAAAAACCAUCGGCGAGAUAAGCUUUUCCCUCACACAAACUGACGGACAUUGGAAGUCCGGCCUCCGCGUCAAAGGCGUCGUUUUCACUCCUACAGCAGAGGAUGAACAGCCAAAAUAAUGCGUGAAUUGUGGCUCAAGUGUUUGUAUUAAUAUCCUCUCUCUGUAUGCCAAUGCAUCGUCGUAAUGAUAAUUCUCCGAACUCGCAUCCACUGGCAAACAAUAAAUAUUCCCCAGCCUGAAAUAUUUUCAGACUCAAAUCAUGCUGACUUCUUAAGUUUUGCCAAUCAGGGAAAUCUGU